AUGCAGCAGUGCACCCAUAUGAUGCCAUCGCAGCGAAAAAUCAGCUCAGUUCAAGGUAUUGAUGUGGAGUUGGCUUGUGAUUAUGGAAUAGCAGUUUGUAAAGCCUUCGAAUUAAGCUCCAGGCAAGUUGAAGGUAGAGAAACAAUUGGCUACACCAAGGUUGAUGUACAAAAUUAUAUUAGGACAAGAAGGCAGAAUGAGCUAGAGUGUGGAGCGGCGGGUUGGCUCAUGAAUUAUUUCCAAACUCAGUCAUGGGAAGAUCCAUCAUUUUUUCAUGCUGUCCAACUGGACAAAGAUACAAUGAUAACUAAUAUUUUUUGGGCGGAUUCGAAAAUGAUAUCAGAUUAUGGUUAUUUUGGAGAUGUGGCAUGUGUGUUUGGUGCCGCUUUCAUAUAUGAUGAGAUGGCGAAUUCGUUUGCUUGGUUGUUUAAUACAUUCUUGAAUGCAAUGUCCCGUAAAGUACCGAGGACAAUAUUGACUGACCAAGAUGCAGCAAUGGCAAAGGCAUUAACAGAACUAAGUGAAAGCUUCAACAGUGGGUUGAAACAGUACUUAUCUAGACAAUAUGCACUUCCAGAUUUCUUCAAGCAUUUCGAUAUGUUGUUGUACGACAAGAGGUACAAGGAGUAUGAAGCUGAAUAUGAUUUGGUCCAGAAGAUGCCUAGGAUGAAAGCAAGAUCUCCCAUAUUAGAUCACGCCAGACGUGUGUACACUGCUAACAUAUUUGAACUUUUUCAGGAACAAUUAUUAAUAGCUUGUAUGAGUCAGUAUAUCCUGAACUGCAAUGACAAUGGUAACGGGGAAUAUGUGUAUGAAGUUGCGUUGUAUAAUCAGAAGGUGAUACAGCCUUGUGCACUGAAUUCAUCUCAGCCUUCGAUAUCCUUCCAAGUUUGUUAUUAG